AUGGCCCAGAUCCCUACUCCUCCACCCUCAAGGGUUGGUUCUGAGGUGCCCGAGUCUUCCAAUGGCCAGCGGAAGCUCGCGGAGUCUUCAGCGAUCUGCUCGGAGUUAAAACACACGCUCGACGGCCUUCUGGAGCAAUAUUUGCUUCUCCUUGAUCAACAGCAAGAACUACACGCUGCUCUUUCGAAGAAGCUAUCUUCAGGGUUUCUUGCGCUUGCCCAUGCGAACUACACUUGCCCUCCCGGCCGCCGAUAUGGCACGGACUACUACGAUGAAAGGAUGAAAGCAACUCAGGGAAUUUCAAUACGGGAUCAAGAUACAGAGGAGCAUACAAACGAGACCAGCAGCACCGGCAAUGCUACCCCUGAUCAACAAAAGGCUGAAGAGAAGCCAGAAGAGAGCCAAGCGGGGGCAGUUGGCAAGGAGUCAGUUUCGCCCGCUGAUACCCACGACGAAUCAGAGAAAUCGACCCGCAAGACAGAUUCCCCAACCACAAGUUCACCGUCGCCAGAUCUGAAGGAUGAUUUAGGCCGUGCGAACGAUGAUUCCGGGGCCAAGCCUAAGAAGUUCCGUUCAAAUGACCCAAUUCAUUGGUAUGGGAUCUUGGUUCCACAAUCCUUGCGCAAUGCUCAGAAAUCCUUCCGUGAUGCCGUUCAGACCGACGUGCCAGAAUUGGCGGGAACGAUUGUCGAGAUGCGAGCCCUGGAAGAAAAGAUUGCCGAGCUACGUAAUAAGCUCGGUCCUUAA